AUGCUCUGUGUGGAAGUUGGUCUGAAGGCUUUGAACCUCCACAUUAGGCAUAACACGAUCUUCCCAGGAAGUUCCACUAUCACUUGUGUUCACAGCUUCAAGAUAAGGCCUUGAAAGAGCAGCACCAUAACCAGGCUGAGCCUGGCACCCACAGACCUGCUCUACCUCACUGGCCUUCCCUUCCUGAUGCUCUGGGCUGCUGGGGAACACUUGAUUUUUGGUGAAUUCAUGUGCAAAUUCAUCUGUUUCCACUUCAAAUUAUACAGCAGCAUCCUCUUCCUCCCCUGCUUCAGUGCCUUCUGCUACAUGAUGAUGGUUCACACCAUGAAGUUCUUCCACAUCCAGAGGAAGCAGUGGACAGUGGUGGCUUGCACAACUGUUUGGUUGAUGUCACUGGAAGCUGCCAAUUUCUUGCUCUCAUCAAAAGGGACACAAAACAGAAGGUUCUCAUGCCUUAACCUUAUCAGCUCUGAAAACCUGGGCACAAUCAGGUGGCUGCUGGCCAGCCUGGCCUUCUUCUUGCCCUUGCUGACAGUGACUCUGUGCUAUGUGCUCAUCAUUUGCACCUUGGCCACUGGCCCCACACAACAAAAGCUUGCCACAAACAAAAGGCCCUAUCUUGCUGUUGUCCUCUUGGUGGUCUUCUAUGUGUGCUUCUUACCCUUUCAUAUCUUUUGGGUGGCUCUAUUGCCUAAGAUCAGAAGAAAAACUUUCCAAACAAUAUUCGAACUGAUAACAUAA